AACGCCUUGCCAUUAUCUUCUAUUCUCUGUUAACCCUAAUAACAGUCAGAAUCUUCUUCCAAAAAAUAAAAAUAAAAACUUUCGCUUGACACUCUCAACUCUCAACUCUCGGCCUAUCUCAUUCUCCUGGAAAUCUCCGCAUCCCUAUCUCCUCUUAUCCCAUUCCCAAAGAAAAAAAAAAAAAGAAAAAGGAAAAACCCUUACACUGGAUACCCUCAACCGCUUAAAAGUGCGGCCAUCGCUUCUUCUUCCAUUGCUUGCUUAUCCCCGAGGUUGUGGAGUAGCUGUUCUGCUGUGUGUCGCCAAUCCAUCUUUAUUCAACUCUGCCUCGCUUGUUUGUGACGACCGACGUGAUCCAUCUCAACUUCGUUAACUUCCUUUUGAUCUCUCUCAAUUUGGGGAAAUAGAUAGGGAUGGGGAGAAUAUGCCUGCCAGGGACUUGGGGUUAGGAAGAGGGGUUGGUCAUUGUCGUAUAUGGAUGUAUAUGACAGGACGUGCUUGGAACUAAUGAGGCACUCUACAUCUUCUAUCGUAAUUUAAAUUUAUCUUUGAGGCGUACAGCCAUCGUAUCUUGAUAUUUGGUCGUAAGGAUGUUUCACAUUUGGAGAGCAGCAAUAUCCUCCAGGGCCAGAUGUCUUGUUUUGGAAUCCAAAAAGGCCUUAACACUUGUAGAGAAUAGCAAUGUCCCGAAAUCCUAUCUUGAUGAGCGUUUGGCUGCCUUUUCAUCAUUAGCUGUCCGGAGAAUCGGUGUCCAGAAUUCAACAAAGAGGCUCCCAGCAGCGCUGGAAUCAGGUUCCAUAAGACUAGCAACUGCUGAUGCCAAUCAGAUGACUAAGAAUUUGCUUGGAGCUAAUGGAAUCGCUGAAUUCAGAGGGCUGCAAACUGGGGAAUAUGCCAUUCGCUUAAGGUUGCCAUACCAGCUCAUGAAAGAUAAUGGAACAAAGACAGUAUCUCCUUACUUUUCUAGAUCCUUUGCAUCAAGAACUUCAAGACAGUCAAGACAGACACAAUCUGAGACUAAAAAGCAAGUAGCUAACAUUGAAGAUCCCUUUGAUUCUCCUACAUAUCAUAUCCCUGAGAAGCCAGUUACAUUUACUGAAGGAGCAUCCUAUAGUGUUAUAAUCCUAGCAGGGCUUGGCCUUGCUGCUGCUGCAGGAUAUGCUGUGUUCAAGGAACUCAUAUUUGAACCAAAAGAGUAUAGGAUCUUCAACAAGGCCUUAAAAAGAAUUCAAGAUGAUAGUCAGGUAAGGGUGAGGAUUGGAUCCCCCAUUACAGGCUAUGGUCAAGAAAGUAGAAAUCGAGCUGCUCGCCAGCGUAUUCCUAAUAGGAUAUAUACAGAUGAAAAUGGUGUGGAGCAUGUUGAGGUUAAUUUCUAUAUUCGUGGGCCUAAUGGAGCUGGGAAAGUUUUUGCGGAGAUGUUCAAGGACAAAGAGGACAAGCAGUGGAAGUAUACAUAUCUAAUCGUGGAAAUCAUGGCGCCAUCACCAAAACAAUUGAUUCUGGAGUCUUAUUUGCCAGCAUAAACCAUCAUUUAUAAGUUAGUGCUCUGGAUUACAUUUGAGAUGAACUUCCUGAUCGUAUAAAACCCAACUCGGAGUAUAUACUCCUGUCAAAAGUUCUAAUUUUACAAUAAUGCUUUUCUUGAGUCCCAAUUUUGAUAGCGGGAAGCUGGCGGAUUUUCAGUGGUUUUGGUUAUGGACAGUUCAUCAUUUCGUUUUUGCAAGUGAAGUGAUUCUAGGUUACAUACAGGAUUAUUUUCAUUUUUGUUAAAAGGGACAGCUUCUUAUGCCAGCAACUCUGGUGAAUAGCAAAACUUUAUUUAUUCAGUUGUAUGGUUAUUACUAUUAUCAUA